AUGGAGAUCCUCGUCCAUGUUUCUGCUCCAAGCACUAUCCAGGAUGAUGCACGAUACCGAGCGCAGGUCGCCGCUAUUCUAGCCUUUCAGACCAGUCAACAAGAACAGGCGACCCACGAAUCAACGGACACCCGCGAUAACCCAAGGCAGCCCGCCGUGGUCCGUCCCGAAUCUGUCACUGCUGGCGUGCAGGAUUCGGUUUCCCCCAGUACUCGCUCGGACCAUCUCCCUGCGAGACCUCUUUCAGGCCAGUCCCUCAAUUUUGAGUCGAUCGCUACUAAGAUCGGUUCCAGCCUACUGGCUCCUUCAGAUCGUGGCCGCCUUACGGUUUCUGCGCAGGAUCAUGAUCACGAUUCCCUCGAGACUCGAAGUGUGGCCAGCGUCAUUCCAGACUCUCAACCGGAUACACUAUGUCCUCCCUCUCAGAGUACAGUAAAUCCAUGUCAAUCUCGAUCAAACGGGAAGCCGGAUGAUUCACAGUCGGAUCCGCCAUCUAAAAGAUGCCGAAUUGAGUCUCCGCUCCCUGCAGCAAUGUUCAAUUCAGGCGUAUCAGCACCACCAACCACCACAACGGGCUUUCUCAUCCCACCGAAUCCGAUUCCAAGAUCCACCCCCCCACUACCCGCAAUCUCCAUAGCCUCAUACACCACCCAUAUCACUCCCACACUAUCCAUGCUCUCAAACCGACUCAAACCCGAUCGAACGUACAAACCAAUUACUCAAACACGACCCCUCCAUGACCUGGAACGCGGCUACUGGUUCAUCCGCCUUGGGAUUCGGGCGGAUAACCAAGCAGUAAACCAGAGUCUGAAACAAGGUCCAGAUACAAAUCCAGAGCAAGACCAUCAGUCAGAAGGAUUAACUAAGAAUCCAGCUAAUAGCGAAAUAAACCUAGCCCAGCCACAGGAUCAGGAAUCAGAUUCAGAUUCAAACUGGACUCUGACAUUCUUCCAGCGGUUUUGGUCCUUUCUUGAGGGAUUUGUGGGGAAGGAUGCUCGUGCUGGUUGGGGGGGGUUUGGUGCGUCCUUGAGCAUGCAUCAAAUACUUCCUCCCCGACUGUACCUGUACCUGAAUCCUCAGCAUCGGCCCCGCUGGACAUUCAGGUCCCGCUAG